UUGGUCAUCUUGGCCACGAGGCGGGGCCGAAUCUUAAAGAUCCAGGAACUGAGCAAACGGAGAGGACCCGGCGGCUUCGAGACCCUGGGGGUGUGGGCGUGGGGGGGGGGGGGUGCAGCGAAGCCCCAGAUGGGUUUCUUAAAAAACCCUUUAAUCUUCAUACCCUAGUCCCGGGACCAUGGAACCCACAAGAGACUUCCCAUUGUUUGGGGGCGCCUUCUCCGUCAUCCUCCCUCCUGGGGCUAUCGAUGUAAGCGACCUGCGGCCGGUUCCGGACAAUCAAGAAGUUUUCUGCCAUCCCGAGACCGACCAGAGCCUGAUCGUGGAACUUCUGGAGCUGCAGGCCCACGUGCGGGGCGAAGCGGCCGCCCGGUACCAUUUUGAGGACGUCGGCUGCGUUCAGGGGGCUAGGAUCCAGCAGGUGGAGUCGGUGCAGCCCCUCACUUUGGAGAACCUGGCCCUGAGGGGCUGCUGCCAAGAAGCCUGGCUCCUCUCUGGGAAACAGCAGAUAGCUAAAGGGAGCCAGCAGGUAGCCAAGGAUGUGACACUACAUCAGGCUUUGCUUCGGCUGCCCCAGUACCAAACUGAUCUCUUGCUCACCUUCAACCAACCCCCAACUGAAAACAGGUCAUCUCUUGGUCCUGAAAAUCUGUCACCUCCACCCUGGAGCCUGAGUAACUUUGAACAACUAGUGACCAGUCUGACCCUUCACGAUCCCAACAUCUUUGGUCCUCAGUAAAGAUUCCUGAAGCAUUGUGUGAUGCUGCGGAAAAUUUAGGGACCCACUUCUGGGAGGGUGGAGGAAAAAGAGGUGAAUACCUGGGUUUUCUUUUACUGUUUCUCUGUGCACAAACAUAAGACACCUCCUCUCUGUAGAAAUAAACUUGCUUUAUAACCAAUA